CCUCCCUCGCGCCGUCAGCAGGUGGCAGCAAUGACUCUGAACUCCAGAAACCAACUUCCGGUCCGGUAGAAGAAGGAUGUGUUUGAAGCUAACAUUAGCUUUAGCAGCAGCUGGUCGGUGGUAGUUAAUGACCCGGGUCGGUCUGAGGUUUCUGAAGUCUUCUUCCUGAAUCAUAACAAACAGCCGCAGCGCUGUCUCUAACAGCUAACAGCUCACAGCUAACAGGAGGGUCUUGGGUGUCCCUGAUAUGAGCAGCUCUGCUCAGAGGAAGAGGAGGACCACAGGAAGUCCCCUGGUGUCUGGACCCAGCAUCAAAACCAGCAGAGGAGCUACCGCAAGGAGGACGGCUACCGCUAACAGAGCCUCUAACGCCAGCAGAGCAGCCAGCAGAGCAGCUAGCAGUUUGACUACAAGGACCGCUAACGGGGCCGCUAAUGUUAGCACAGCCUCUGAUGAUAGCCCCGCCCCUCCCACAGAGACCAUUGACGUGAUGGACAACACCGAAGACAGUGUAGAGGAGGUGGUGGAUCUGACCUGUGAGGGCGCAGAGGCCACUGUGGUGGACCUGACCCACAACGACUCAGUAAUGCUGCUGGAUGAAGGUCCUCAGAACACGGGAGUCUCCACAGGUGAGAGUUAUGUGGUCAGCAGUGAUGAAGAGGAGGACACGCCCCCUGUCCUUAAAGCGGCGGUAAUGUCAUCUCUACACUCCAACAGCUCGUCCAGGUCAACCCCGGGGACUAUUAGCUGUCCCGUCUGUCUGGACGCAUACUCAGAGAUUGUAGACAGCGGUCGAUUGGUUGUUUCCACUAAGUGCGGUCACGUGUUCUGCAGCCAGUGUCUGAGAGACGCUCUCACAUCAUCACACACCUGUCCUACCUGCAGGAAGAAACUGACUCACCGCCAGUACCACCCUCUCUAUGUCUGACAUCAUUGUGACAUCAUCGGUGACAUCAUCGGUGACAUCCUCACAGCAGGAAGCUGCUGGAACAAAGCUUUUAUAAGAAGUGGUGAUACUGAUUGAUAAUUGGUCAUGACCAAUUGAUGUACAUGAUUGAUUACUUUUUGAUUACUGCUUAAUUAUUGUUUGGUUGUUGGUCAUGAUUGAUGGAUGUUUAAUUUCUCCUUUGUUUUCUGUUCCUCUCUGUUUUCUAUAAAACGUGUAAAGUAGAAAUAAACUCUGUUCAAAGUGUU